AUGAUUAAAAAGAAUUUGUAUGCUGAACAAUUAUCUUAUGGAUGUAAAAGACAAAAUUGCUUAAAAGCAUUUUGUAGGAAGAUCGAAAAUCCAAAUUUGCUCGAUGAAAUUUCUGCUAUUUUAUGCGAUUAUGAUGACAUUUUUUUGUGUGAAAAUACAAACAAACUUGUAAAUGGUGAUAUUUCUUUGCAUAAAUAUAAAUUUAAAGAAAACCAAUGCAUAAAUUUACUAAUUCAUUAUCUUGAUUUAUUUAAAAUUGAUAAAAAUAAGUCAUAUGAAGAUAAUAAUGUAGACGAUCUAAUAUUAUAUUCUCCAUAUAAUUCUAACUUUAAUGAUAAUAUGGAUUUAGUUAAAGAUAAACAGCCUCUUAAAAAUAUUACGAAUACACAUUUGGAAAAUGGAAUGUACGAUUUAAACAUUUCUAAUAACGAAGAAGAAAAACAUUUUUUUUGUAAUUACUUUAAUAAAAACAAAUGGUCAAGUAAGGAAUAUUACUUAAUUUCAGGUGUAGUGCAUAUUCUUAUAAAAAAAUAUAAGGAUUGUCCAUUUUACACACUUGGAUUAUUAAUCUUACGAUUAUAUUCUAUAGUAAGCAUGUAUUCAUGUACAGAUUUGCAGAAACUUACUGUUAUAUUUCAAAUUUCUACAGAUAUAUUUAAAUCAAACACGAAAAAGUGUAAUUUUAAAAAAGUAGAAUCUGAAAAAGAUCAGACCAUUAAUAAUUUAAUUAAUGUUACAUUUGAUGAUCAAAACGGGGAUGCAAAACAAGUUUUUAUGAAAUCUGAGAAUGGUUUUGAAACUCAAAAGGGUGAUGGUAGCUUUAUAGAACAUUCUAGUACUGAACUGUAUGUGAAUGAUUGUAAACAAAAUUUAGAAGUAAAUAAGUAUUAUAUUUGUUUUAAUGAAGAGCUUUUUAAUAAAAAUGAUCUUUUUAGAUUAAUUGUAAACAUGCGUAAAACUCUUAACAGAUUUUCUGAUACUAAUAUUAGAGAGAACAAAAGACUUGAGUUAAUGUUAAACAUCUUUUAUUUGAUGUUUGAAUUCAACGAAAAUUUACAAGUUGUACAAUAUAAGAAAUUUUAUUUAAAUCAAUUUUGCUUAAGAAUGAAUUUUAAAGAAGAAUACAAAUUUUUUAGGACCAAAGGUAAAAGCAUCUUAAGUUAUUCAUUUAUACUUCCAGUUUACCUUAAAGCAGAAGUAUUAAAAUCCGAAAAUAAUGAUUUAAUGAAAACAUCACUACAAGAUUCGUUUUUUAGGUCACUUUUUGAAGGGCACAUUGAACCUUAUUUAUUUAUAACAGUAAAUCGUGAAAAUAUUUAUUCUGAGAGUUUAAAAAUUCUACUAAAAAUUAGAUUUGAAGACAUGCAUAAACAAUUACGAAUUACUUUUAAGAAUGAGGAAGGUGUAGAUUCUGGCGGAAUAAGAAAAGAGUAUUUUCAGUUAUUAAGUCACGAAAUAAAACACGAUGAUUCACUUUUUAUUAUUGCAGAAAAUAUUAUAUGGUUGAAAAAUGACUGUUUAGAUUUUGAUAAAUAUUAUUGUAUUGGUAAAAUUUUAGGUAUAGCAUUAUACAAUAAUGUAGUACUUAAUAUACCAUUUCCUAGUUUCUUUUUCAAAAAGUUACUUAAUAAAAAGACAACAUUUAAUGAUUUGAAAGAAAUAGAUCAUAGUUUAUAUUUAUCGCUUAGUAAACUUAAGAAGUUAAGUGCAAAAGAAAUUGAAAAUCUUGAACUUACCUUUACAGUUAUUUACACAACUACAACUGGUGAAGUAAAGAGUUAUAAUUUAGAUAAGCGCAAUAGAGAAAUUAAAGUUACAAAAGCGAAUUUGCAUUCGUUCAUUAAUAAAUACUCUGACUUUAUUCUCAAUAAAUUAAUAAAAAAACAAUUUAAUGCGAUUAAAGAGGGAUUUUAUUUUGUUAUAAAUAAGAAUAUUUUAACACCUGUAAAUUCUAAAGAGUUAGAAAAGAUAAUAUUGGGAUCCAACAAUCUAAAUGUUGACGAAAUAAAAUCUACAACAUCUUAUUCUGGAUAUAAAAAUGAUUCUACUAUUAUCAAAUAUUUCUGGGAAAUUUUUGAAUCUUACAGCAAAAAAAUGAAAAAAAAAUUAAUUCAAUUUAUUACAGGACAUGAUAGAAUACCAAUAGCGGGUGCUGGUUCUUUAAAGCUCGUUAUUAUGAAGAAUGGAUGUGAUACAGAAAGACUUCCAUCAUCUCAGACGUGUUUUAAUACUUUACUAUUACCCGAAUAUUCUUCAAAAGAAAAAUUAGAAGGAAAGCUACGAACUGCUUUGGAAAUGACUGCCGGAUUUUUUCUAUUAUAA